AUGGUGAACUUGAGCGAAGUCAAGGGCACCUCGCGCGAAAACAGAACUGCUGCUCAUACACAUAUUAAAGGGCUAGGACUGCGGUCUGAUGGCACAGCAGAGACCGCGGGGAAUGGCUUCGUCGGCCAGACUGCUGCACGAGAGGCUUGUGGGGUGGUUGUAGAUCUGAUCAGAGCCAAAAAGAUGUCCGGUCGAGCUGUACUGCUAGCUGGUGGUCCAGGAACCGGGAAGACAGCCCUGGCUCUAGCUGUGUCGCAGGAGUUGGGGACGAAGGUGCCGUUCUGUCCAAUCGUUGGCAGUGAGGUGUAUUCGACAGAAGUCAAGAAGACGGAAGCUCUGAUGGAGAAUUUUCGAAGAGCUAUCGGUCUUCGAGUACGCGAAAUGAAAGAAGUCUACGAGGGUGAAGUGACCGAGCUUGUGCCCGAAGAGGCAGAGAAUCCUCUAGGAGGUUACGGAAAGACGAUUAGCCAUCUCAUCCUCACUUUGAAGUCUGCCAAGGGCACGAAGAAACUGCGAUUAGACCCAAGUAUCUACGAAGCAGUACAAAAGGAAAGAGUGGCGCAGGGUGAUGUGAUAUACAUUGAGGCAAAUACUGGAGCCUGCAAGAGAGUGGGUCGAUCAGAUGCAUAUGCGACAGAGUUCGAUCUAGAAGCAGAAGAGUACGUUCCAGUACCGAAGGGUGAUGUACACAAGAAGAAAGAAAUUGUACAAGAUGUCACGCUGCAUGAUCUGGACAUUGCCAACGCCAGGCCUCAGGGCGGACAAGAUGUUAUGAGCAUGAUGGGCCAAUUGAUGAAGCCGAAGAAGACAGAAAUCACCGACAAGCUACGGGGCGAGAUAAAUAAGGUGGUCAGUAGGUAUAUUGACCAGGGAAUCGCAGAACUUGUCCCUGGUGUGCUUUUCAUUGAUGAGGUUCACAUGCUCGACAUGGAAUGUUUCACCUACCUCAACCGCGCUCUGGAAUCACCCAUCUCCCCAAUCGUCAUCCUCGCUUCGAAUCGGGGGACAACAUUAAUCCGAGGCACGCAAGACAUCACAGCCGCACAUGGCGUUCCCUCAGAUCUAUUAGCACGACUUCUUAUCAUCCCGACACAUCCCUACAACCCCUCAGAGAUUCAGACCAUCAUCCGAUUACGAGCAAAGACGGAAGGACUCACAAUCAGCGAGUCGGCGCUGGAGAAGGUCGCUCAGCACGGCGUCAAGGUGUCGUUACGCUAUGCCUUACAGUUACUGACCCCAUCGAGCAUAUUGGCCAAGGUGAAUGGCAGACAGAGCAUAGAACCUGCAGAUGUGGAGGAAUGCGAGGACCUGUUUAUUGAUGCCAAGAGGUCAGCGCAGAUUGUGGAGUCGGCUGAUGGCGCAUUCAUUGCAUGA